AUGGUAGUAGCCACCGACCUCACAAUCCGACUCUCUGAGCAUUUCGGCCCGCACCUAGCCUCCGAUCCGGUUUUACUCUCAGAAACCACCUCCAUCUGUACCCAUUAUGGCGUCUCCCCCGAAGAUCUAUUCUAUAAAUGGGAAGCCUUUGCUUUCAACCACAAGCUGCCUAAAUCUGAACCGCUGACGAUCGAUCAUGCGAGAGAGUUGAGGAAGAUCAUUGCUUCCUCCAUCAACUCUUCUUCCGCUGGUGCUGGGGGAGAGAGUGCGGGGAAUCAGACGCCACUCAAGCCAAGUUCGGCGCUGAAUAGGGGGAAGGUGGCUGGUGAUUUCAGCGCUCUGUUGGGGAUCAAGGGUACUCCGAUGAAGACUCCAUCGGCGAUGGGAGGCGCAUUUCAGACUCCCCAACGACAGAAUCACUCGCCGUAUGGAGGUGCGGAUGCGACACCGGCCAGCGCUUCUGCGUACAAACCUUCCGCAAACAACACAGCCAGCACUGCGGAUGUGACCAUGGCGGAGAUCGAUUCUCCCCUCCGCCCCCAUGCCUCCACCACUUCCACAAAUCCAGCAUUCUCCAUUAUCGAAAGUCUCAACGAAAGCAUCCCGCUCUCAACCUCAGGCUCGCAGCUUUGCCCACCCACCCCUGCUGGAGCCAAAAAACCCAACUCUCGAGUCUCACUAGCAAUGGCCAUGGACCCAAAAGCUUGGAACUAUCGAUAUAUGUUUGAGAAGAAAGGUGAACGAUCACAAGUACUAGACGACCGAAUCGACGAGUUCGCAUCCCUACUCCGAACCGCCUACAACAUCGAUGAGAGUGAAGAAUUUGGUGAUCCUUCACUUCCCUCCCAGGAACCGAUUUGGGUUGUUGGGAGAAUCUGUCCCGCUCUGCCCGCAUCAGAAUCCUCCGCUGGGCAAACACUCCGCUCGAAAGCCGCUGCACGGAGCAAAACCGAAGUAGAGGGAAAAAAUGCGGCAUUCGGUUUGCCCAAACUAGCAGAAACAGGAGUCGUACUCGAAUCGUCCCGUAUGAUGGGGUCGGGGAACCGCAUCCCACUGACCUUCAACAAGGGUUGUAUAGUCAAAUACACUCCACAAGAUCCAGGAACAGGUGGGGGUGCGACUACGUUGAGCCUCUUCCCUGGGCAGAUUGUGAUGUGUAGAGGAAUCAAUGCAGGAGCGGAAAAGUUUGCUGUUUCUGAAAUCCACUUUCCUCCUCCACUGCCACUUGCGGUUCAUACGGUGGAUGAGGCUAGAGAUCAUUCGUAUUCCCCCGUGAAGCUGAAUGCGAAAGCACUUAAUAUUGUGGCUGCAGCAGGGCCGUUUACGGGGGAGGAAGGGUUAGAGUUUGAGGGAUGGCAUCGGUUGAUGGAUGAAUUGGAGGCUGGAGGGUUGCCGUUUCCCGACGGCAGCCAAGAGAGGAGGGGGGUACCAGAUACUUUGAUCCUCACUGGUCCUUUCAUUUCUUCCUCCCAUCCUCGAUUGCCAUUCUCUGACGAGUUGCCGGGAGAGUUGUUCGCACGACAUUUCUCAUCCCGCUUAAUAACGCUCACCACCAAGUACCCGGCAACAAUGGUCGUAUUGAUCCCUAGCACGGACGACAUUUUAAACCUUCACUCUGCCUACCCUCAACCUUCAUUCAGCAAAGAAGACACUUCGCAAUGGGGUUUACCUAAACGAGUCCGUUGUCUACCCAAUCCAUCCGUUUUUUACGUCAACGAACUUGUCCUCGGCACAACCACCGCCGAUUCAUUGGGCGAUCUUAAGAGCGAAGAGUUUGUAACUCGAAUCGAAUCCUCUCCCCACCGCAACCCUAACCUCCCUAUCGCAGUUGCGGAGGCAGUGGCAGGAAAAAACAAAGAACCAAACACACGCUACAGCCGUUCAAUCAUCUCACAACGCUCAUUCUAUCCUCUUUUCCCCCCACCCACCUCCUCAAACCUGGCGUACGAUACGAGUCAUAGUCACUUGUUGAACUUCCCAGCGGUUACACCAGAUCUUUUGAUACUACCGAGUGGGAAGAUCACCAAGCCAUUCAUCAGAGUGGUGAACAGCGCUACGGUAAUUCAACCAGGAAGUGUAGCAAAGGGAUCAGUGGUAGCAGUUCAGGUGGAUCCCAUCAAGAAGGAGCAACUCGAGGCAAGAGGCGGGAUGGAUCAGAUCAAUUCUUCUCUUUGGGAUCGCGCGAGGAUUGAUCUUGUUUCCCUCUAA